AUGCUCUCUCUCUCUCUCUCUCUCUCUCUCUCUCUCUCUCUCUCUCUCUCUCUUGCAUAUAAACAUACUGAGAGAGAAGUAUUAUCGUUUCCUCCUCCCUUAUACACUCUUUUUUUUUCCAUCUCUCUACCAUCUGUUAUACGCUUCGUCUAUCCAUUCUUUUCUAAUCUAUCUUUCUCUAUAGCUCUCACCCCACCUCUCUUACUUCUCAACUAUUAUUUUCACUAUUUCCACCUGCUCUUCUCUUCCCUCUCACUACGUUUCUUUCUCUCUUUCCCGCUCACUCUCUCUUUUCACCCUCUGUUUGUCGCUUUUAUUUUCUCGUCGGCCUCUACUAUAACAUUUUCUUGUUUGCUUUCUCUCUUUUACAUCCUUUCUUUUUUUCUCUUUCUGAGAUUCACUCUCUUUCGUUUUUUUUGUUUCCACGCUUUGCUCUGUCUCGCCUACUUCAAUUCUUUCUUUCUUUUUUUUCUUUCUUUCUUUCUUUCUUUCUUUCUUUCUUUCUUUUCCAACAUGAUGUAUUUGUUUCCUUUUCCCUCUCCUUCAUUCAUCCUUUCUCCUUUUUUACUCUUCUCUUUUCCUUAUUUCUCUAACCCAUUCUCUCCCUUUCCCUCUACCGUUCACUCUUACUCCUGCUCUCUCUCCUCUAUCUCUCUUUCCUUCUCUACACCACUUAACUCCUUUUCCCACCAUUCUCUCUAA